AUGGCUUCCAGCCCGCUGCCGGGGCCCAACGACAUCCUGCUGGCAUCGCCGUCGAGCGCCUUCCAGCCCGACGCGCUGAGCCAGCCUCGGCCGGGCCACGCCAACCUGAAACCCAACCAGGUGGGCCAGGUGAUCCUCUACGGCAUUCCCAUCGUGUCGUUGGUGAUCGACGGGCAGGAGCGCCUAUGCCUGGCGCAGAUCUCCAACACCCUCCUCAAGAACUUCAGCUACAACGAGAUUCACAACCGCCGCGUGGCGCUGGGCAUCACGUGCGUGCAGUGCACGCCGGUGCAGCUGGAGAUUCUGCGACGCGCCGGGGCCAUGCCCAUCUCAUCGCGCCGCUGCGGCAUGAUCACUAAGCGUGAGGCUGAGCGUUUGUGCAAGUCGUUCCUAGGCGAAAACAGGCCCCCCAAGCUGCCUGACAACUUCGCCUUCGACGUUUCGCACGAAUGCGCCUGGGGCUGCCGCGGCAGCUUCAUCCCCGCGCGCUACAACAGCUCCCGCGCCAAGUGCAUCAAAUGCAGCUACUGCAACAUGUACUUCUCGCCCAACAAGUUCAUCUUCCACUCCCACCGUACGCCCGACGCCAAGUACACGCAGCCGGACGCAGCCAACUUCAAUUCGUGGCGCCGUCACCUCAAGCUCACUGACAAGAGCCCCCAGGACGAGCUAGUCUUCGCCUGGGAGGACGUCAAGGCCAUGUUCAACGGCGGAAGCCGAAAGCGCGCGCUGCCCCAGCCGGGCGCGCAUCCCGCCUGCCACCCGCUCAGCUCGGUCAAGGCGGCCGCUGUGGCAGCGGCUGCGGCGGUGGCGGGAGGUGGGGGACUGCUGGGCCCGCACCUGCUGGGGGCGCCCCCGCCGCCGCCCCCGCCACCUCUGGCCGAGUUGGCGGGCGCGCCGCACGCGCAUCACAAGAGGCCGCGCUUCGAAGACGACGACGACUCGCUGCAGGAGGCGGCUGUCGUGGCCGCCGCCAGUCUUUCGGCCGCCGCCGCCAGCCUCUCGGUGGCCGCGGCCUCCGGCGGCGCCGGAGCGAGCGGGGGGGGCGCGGGCGGCGGCUGCGUGACGGGCCUUGGCGCCGGCGCGGGCGCGGCGGCUGGCGCCAAAGGGCCACGCAGCUAUCCGGUCAUCCCGGUGCCCAGCAAGGGCUCGUUCGGGGGCGUGCUGCAGAAGUUCCCAGGCUGCGGGGGGCUCUUCCCGCAUCCUUACACCUUCCCGGCUGCAGCCGCCGCGUUCGGCUUGUGCCACAAGAAGGAGGACGCGGGCGCCGCGGCCGAGGCCCUGGGGGGUGCGGGCGGCGCGGGCGCGGCGCCCAAGGCCGGCCUGUCGGGCCUCUUCUGGCCCGCGGGCCGCAAGGACGCCUUUUACCCGCCCUUCUGCAUGUUCUGGCCUCCGCGGACCCCGGGCGGGCUUCCUGUGCCCACAUACCUACAGCCCCCGCCGCAGCCGCCCUCGGCGCUCGGCUGCGCUCUGGGAGAAAGCCCGGCCCUGCUGCGUCAGGCCUUCCUGGACCUGGCCGAGCCCGGCGGCGCGGGCGGGAGCGCCGAAGCGGCCCCCCCGCCGGGUCAGCCCCCUCCGGUCGUCGCCAACGGCCCGGGCUCCGGCCCGCCGCCUCCUGCGGGCGGCGCGGGCGCUCGCGACGCCCUCUUCGAGUCGCCCCCGGGCGGCAGCGGCGGGGACUGCAGUGCGGGCUCCACGCCUCCGGCCGACCCCGGCUCUGUGUCCGGGGCUGGGGCCGCGGCCGCCGGAGCGGGCCCCGUGGGUGCCCGAGUGCCCGUGCCCCACCACCCGCACCUCCUGGAGGGGCGCAAAGCCGGCGGAGGCAGCUAUCACCAUUCCAGCGCCUUCCGGCCGGUGGGCGGCAAGGACGACGCAGAGAGCCUGGCCAAACUGCACGGGGCGUCCGCGGGCGCGCCACACUCGGCCCAAGCGCAUCACCACCACCACCACCACCAACCGCACCAACACCACCACCACCAUCAUCCCCCGCAGCCGCCGUCGCCGCUGCUGCUGCUGCCCCCGCAGCCCGACGAGCCGGGUUCCGAGCGCCACCACCCGGCGCCGCCGCCCCCGCCCCCGCCCCCGCCGCUGGCCCCGCAGCCGCACCACCGAGGCCUUCUGUCCCCCAGUGGCACCAGCUGCAGCUACCCCAGCGAGGACAGCUCCGAGGACGAGGACGACGAGGAAGAAGAGCAGGAGGUGGACGUGGAGGGCCACAAGCCCCCCGAGGGCGAGGAAGAGGAGGAGGAAAGUCGAGACCCCGAGGACGACCAGGAGGAAGACGAGGAGACAGGGGUCCUGCUAGGGGACCCUUUAGUCGGCGGCGGCCGAUUCCUCCAGGGCAGAGGGCUGUCGGAGAAGGGGAGCAGCCGGGACCGCCCGCAGGCCGCCGCGGGCGCUUUCCCACUGGCCCUGAACUCCUCCAGGCUGCUGCAGGAGGACAGGAAACUGGGUGACCCCGGCGGCUCGGACCUGCCCCCGCCCCCGCCCCCGCCGCUGGCCUCCCAGAAAUCAAGCGGCGGCCUUAGCAGCAGCCCGGGCAGCCCGGUCCACCAUCCAUCACUGGAGGAGCAGCCCUCCUACAAAGAUAAUCAGAAAACUAAGGAAAAUAACCAAGUUAUUUUAUCUACAAAGGAUGACAACAACUUUUCAGAUAAGAACAAGGAGCAUAGCUUUUUCAUCACAGACUCUGAUGCUUCCGGAGGAGAUUUUUGGAGAGAAAGAUCAGGUGAACACACACAAGAGACGAAUUCACCUCAUUCACUCAGAAAGGAUGUAGAAAAUAUGGGGAAAGAAGAACUUCAGAAGGUUUUAUUUGAACAAAUAGAUUUGCGGAGACGACUAGAACAAGAAUUCCAGGUGUUAAAAGGAAAUACAUCUUUCCCAGUAUUCAAUAAUUUUCAGGACCAAAUGAAAAGGGAACUAGCCUACCGAGAAGAAAUGGUGCAACAGUUACAAAUUAUUCCCUAUGCAGCAAGCUUGAUCAGGAAAGAAAAGCUAGGUGCCCAUCUCAGCAAAAGCUAAAAGGUGAGCUCACCAGAGGAAACAGAUUUUCCUUAACUCUCUGAAUUGCUAUUGCUCGGCUGUGUUCUUUACUGAUAUACUUGAAAUAGCCCAGGGGAUUGAUGAUGUUGCAUCCUGUGUUUAAGCCGAUACACUGUUGAACUUCAUUCUAGGCAUGGGGCUUCCUAAAUAAAUGGCUAAGUGCAUCUUAUAAAUUCUGCAGAAAAUUUCUAAAACUAAGGGAAUUCUCAAUUCAGUCUUGCAGAUGUGAUCUUCAUUCUGUUUUGAGGUUUUCUACUCUUUCCGGUUCCUCCUGACACCCUGAUUCCUGGUCCUCUGAAGGAAACCGGA